AUGUAUUCAUUCAGCCCUAUGCUCUUUGUGCUCGUCAACACACUCCUUUACUUAUCCCUGCCAGUCCAAUCCUUCCCCCUCGCCCAAAUAUACCACGAAAUCAAAGCCCAUUCUUCCGGCCCAAAGGUCUCCCAUUUCCAAGUCAGAACGGCAGGACCGACACAUGCUGGCAUCAUCACACACCCACCAGCCCAGCUACAACAGGCAAUCUUUGGAAUUGAGCGAUCUGAGCCUGCUUUGUUGCCACUGAGCGGCCUUUACACCCGUGGUGGACUCUCCCAAACCACCCAAGACAACCUCGACAAAUUCCUUGCUUCGAACCAAAACCAACCGUCCUAUUUUUAUAGUCUCUCGAUCGUCGGCCUUGGUUUACAUGACCAACCGAAUGGCAUCUGGCAAUUCAGACUCCGUGUCGACCUCGCCGUAAAGACACUUAAGGAUGCAAAGGGUCAUACAAAACUCCCACAGCUUACCGUUUCAUACACCCAACCCCACCCAACAGAUGAGAACUCGUUAGUGAUGGGAGAUUUGUUGGAUAUCUACGAACUUUCUGAGCAAGACAUCCUCGAGACGAUAACAACAGAUGAACCUGCCGCUAGAAUCAUGGCGUUUUUGAGUAGCAGAGUUAGCAGGAUGGCAGGGUUCCAACAUAAGCACGUUGGGACCGAGGAGUUUGAAUUAAUCCACCCAAGGACAACAGAUGCAAAGGCUGUGGGAUAUAACUAA